AUGUCAGCUGUCAAUGACACCAAAUUCACAUCUGCAGUGUUCCUUCUCACCGGGAUACCUGGGCACGAAGACAUCCAAAAUGUCUGGAUCUCUCUUCCCUUCUGCUUAACGUAUGGUAUUUCAAUAUUAGGAAAUUCAGUCAUUCUGUUCAUUAUAAAAACAGAUCCAAGCCUCCAUGAGCCCAUGUACAUUUUCCUUUCCAUGUUGGCCAUCACAGACCUUGGCUUAUCAAUAGCCACCAUGCCGACAAUACUGGGCAUAUACUUGUUUAACUCUAGGGAGAUCAGCUUUGAUGCCUGUUUUUCCCAGUUGUUCUUUAUCCACUCACUUCAAUGCAUUGAAUCCUCUGUGCUCUUGUUGAUGGCCUUUGACCGCUUCAUCGCUAUCCGUGACCCACUGAGAUAUGCCUCCAUCUUAACACUGCCGAAAAUAGCCAAGAUGGGACUGGUGUGUGUUCUAAGAGGGGUGGCCGUAAUGCUCCCACUCACCAUUCUCCUGAAACAGUUCAGAUACUGUCGAGUGAAUGUCCUCUCCCAUUCUUAUUGCAUGCACCAGGAGGUCAUGAAGAUGGCUUGUUCAGAUAUCAGAGUCAACAAUAUCUAUGGCUUGUUUACUAAACUCUUAACAAUGGGGUUGGACUCUCUGCUCAUCUUCCUCUCUUAUGUAAUGAUCCUCAAAACAGUGCUGAGCAUCGCUUCCAAUGCUGAGUGCCUCAGGGCCCUGAACACCUGUGUCUCCCACCUCUGUGCCGUCCUUAUAUUCUAUACACCAGACAUCUUUUUGUCUGUGAUAUACAGAUUCGGAAAGAGCUCUUCUCCCAUACUUCAGAUUCUUAUGGGCUACAUCUCCCUGCUGCUCCCUCCCUCGUUGAACCCAAUUGUGUACUGUGUGAAAAGCAAACACCUUCGUGCGAGAAUAAUCAGGAUGUUCAUCAAGUAA